AGUCUUUUCAUUCUCAUCGAAUAGUCAAAGGAGCAGCUUCAACUCAGCUGCAGCCUUUUCAAAAUUUCAACAUUUAGGGUUUCAAAAUAAUUUCUUCAUCUUCUUCAGACUAUCAAAUCACAAAGAAGUUUUUGGUUAGCUGUGUUUCAGAUCGGUCUCUGUAAACUUCUGUUGUUCUAUAUUCAUAUAGAAACUAAACAUGCCUAAAGAGAGAAGAGAUAGAUCUGUUUCUUUUGAUAGGAGUAGAGCUUCUCCUUACCCUUGUAGCUCGAGUCACUCAAAACAACCGUCAUCCAAAAACCCUUUGGAAAACGACGAAAAUGUGAAAGACUGGGAAGAUGCCCGAUGCCCAGUGUGUAUGGAACAUCCUCAUAAUGCUAUUCUCCUUUUGUGCACUUCUCACGAGAAGGGCUGCCGUCCUUUUAUGUGUGAUACAAGCUAUAGGCAUUCAAAUUGUUUUGACCAGUUCAAAAAGUCAUUUGAAGAAGCUUCAGCAUCAACAACACAGCAAGUGGAGAUCCCAGCUUCAGCUUCUAUCGCGGAAUCUACCACAGUGAUAACAGAAGCUCUGUCUGAUAUGCCAGGUGAAAGAACUGAAGGUGGUUCUAUAUCCCUAGGUGCCUUGUCUUGGGAGAACCAUGAAAUGAAAAAGAUGCAAUGCCCUCUCUGCCGUGGCCAGAUAAAUGAUUGGAUUGUUGUGGACUCUGCCCGUCGUUACAUGAAUGCAAAAUUAAGAAGCUGCUCUAGCGAGACGUGCGAAUUCAGUGGCACAUAUACAGAUUUGCGUAAGCAUGCUAGGCAGGAGCAUCCACUUGUACGGCCUACAGAAACUGACCCAGAGAGGCAGCGUAAUUGGAGGAGAUUGGAGCGGCAGAGAGAUUUAGGAGAUUUACUCAGUACAUUGCAGUCUUCUGUUGGAGAAGAGGGAAGUGAGAGCACCAGUUUAACCUUCGAUGAGGGUGGUGGUUUGCUGACUGUUUUUCUUUUUGUUCGGAUUCUCCAACCUAGGAGUAAUUCUGGUAGUAGUAGCUGGUCAGGCUCCUCAAGGACUCGGGCUCAGGCAACUGGUAGGAGACGACCUUCAAGAAGACUUUGGGGUGAGACCUAUGAUGGGGAAACUGAAUCUAGAGAUGACGACAAUGAACAGUCUGAUGGAGGGUCAGGUCCCUGGCGGCGCCUUGGGAGAUUGCGUCGACGACCAACACCAGAAAAUUAGUUUGGCACAAACAUGUGUUUGCUUGCUCUUCCUCUUUGUUGUUACCCACUGUAGGUGUAGGAAAUGGAGGAGGAAACCUCGUCUUCCGAACGUUGCCGCGCUGAAGUUGUUUCUUGGAUUAGAAGGAUUCAGGAGAUCGUCGAAAUGGAAGAAUUCUAUUUGGUUAAAUAGUAUACAUCUCUUUGUUGAUGAAUGUCAUCUCAGCUUGUGUGUGCUGCAAAUGCUUUAAAUCUUUAUUUUUAACUGAAUUGAUAAAGUUGGAAAGCAAUUGCUAUUUAUGCUCUUCUAAAUCUUAUCAAUAAAUCUCAUGCUGCAAUUAUAUGGU